CCGCAGUGGCAGGAGUUCGCGCCGGUGUGUGUGGCGGACCAGAUGACCACGUACCUGUCGCCGUGCCACGCCGGCUGCUCCGGUAUAGAUGAGGUCGACGGCUUGCAAGUUUACGCGAACUGCACUUGUGCGUCCUUCCGCCGCGCCACACAAGGCGCGUGCAGCGGCAACGCUUGCGAGGGGGCUUUUCAAAUGCACCAAAUGAUGUACACACUAAUUUUUACUUUCGCCGGGCUAUCUUUCCAAGCGCAAGGCAGUCUGGUGCUGCGCGCGGUGGAGCCCCGCGACAAGUCCGUGCUGCUCGGACUGACUGGCGCCUUCAUCGCGCUCUUCACCUUCGUCUUCGGACAUCUCAUCUUUAUUGGAAUGAGUGGUAUGAAUUGUAUCUGGUGGGAGGGUAGUAGAUGUCACCUGCACAGUAAACAGCAUCCUUACUCGAUAGCCAUCACCAGUUGUAGCAUGGUGGUGUUGGCCUUCAUCAUCACCAUCACCACCAUCGUGUGCAUCAAGAUGGCGGAGCGGCGGCGCGCGAGAACUGCUCAGAUCGAACUAAUUGGACAAUCAAAUACAUAGUUUGCAAGACUUAUUAGAUGUAUUUUAGGUUAUGUAUAGUUCGGAAUAUAUAAUUUCUUUGUACAAACGACUCCUACUUAGACUAUCAUUAUUAUAAUUUCGCGAUUACAUUUUGUUUUGUAUUUUAAUUAACUCGAUAAAUACUAUUUGUAUGUACCUAAUAUUAGAAAGGACUGUAGAUAUUUUGCCUAUUGUAUUCUUGUUCAAUGUUUUGUUUUUAAUUUGCCUUUCAAACAUGCGAUCGUUCACAAGGGAGCCAUUUUUUUCUUGAUUUCUUAUGUUCAUAAAUAAUUGUGGACAGAUUUUUAAAAUAAAGACUUACUAUUAAAAAGAACGUGAUGCUGUAUUAUU